CGGCGCGGCCCCGCCCCGCCAUGCCAUGUCCGCGCUCAACUGGAAACCCUUCGUCUAUGGCGGACUCGCCUCCAUCGUGGCCGAGUUCGGCACCUUCCCCGUGGACCUGACCAAGACGCGGCUGCAGGUGCAGGGUCAGAGCACCGAUGCCCGGUUCCGUGAGGUCCGGUACCGCGGGAUGUUCCACGCCCUCUUCCGCAUCUGCCGGGAGGAGGGCGGCCGCGCCCUCUACUCGGGGAUCGCCCCCGCGCUGCUCCGGCAGGCGUCCUACGGCACCAUCAAGAUCGGGAUCUAUCAGAGCCUGAAGCGGCUGUUCGUGGAUCGGAUGGAAGCCCCAGGGAAGAGCUCCACGUGCUGCAGCCUCUCCAGCCCUGGGAUUCAGCUCCUGAACCUUUGUGUCCUGCAGGCCCGGGCAGGCAGUGGCCUGGUCUCCUCGGGGAAGUGCUGGGAUGAAACGUUGCUCAUCAACGUCAUCUGUGGUGUGGUGUCUGGGGUCAUCUCCUCUGCGCUUGCCAAUCCCACAGAUGUCCUCAAGAUCCGCAUGCAGGCUCAGGGCAGUUUGUUCCAGGGUGGGAUGAUCGGCAGCUUCAUCGACAUCUACCAGCAGGAGGGCACCCGGGGGCUCUGGAGGGGGGUUGUGCCAACAGCUCAGAGAGCUGCCAUCGUGGUUGGGGUGGAGCUGCCAGUCUACGACAUCACCAAGAAGCACUUGAUUCUGUCAGGCCUGAUGGGGGACACCAUCUUUGCCCACUUCGUCUCCAGUUUCACCUGUGGGCUGGCAGGGGCCAUUGCAUCCAACCCCGUGGACGUGGUGCGGACGCGGAUGAUGAACCAGCGGGCGAUCGUGGGCAGCACGGAGCUCUACAGAGGCACCCUGGAUGGGCUGCUGAAGACGUGGAAGAGUGAGGGUUUCUCUGCCCUCUAUAAAGGUUUCUGGCCCAACUGGCUUCGGCUGGGACCCUGGAACAUCAUCUUUUUUAUCACUUAUGAGCAGCUGAAGCGCCUUCCCUUCUGAGGGCAGCAGGGAGGUGCUGCAGGGACCCCAACUCUGCUGAGGGACCCCAACUCUGCUGAGGGACCCCAGCCCUGCUCCAGCCUCCCCUCCAUCUCACCGCCUGUCUGUGUCUUGGUACCUGUGGGCCUGGGCUCUCCCCUUCCCCAAAUGCAUGAUCCCUGCAGUGUGGGCUGGCUGGUGCUGCCUGGGGUUGGGGUGCUGUCCCCCUGCCCCGGGGAGGUGUUUGGAUGUGCCAGGGUCUGGGCCUGGAGCAAUAUCUUCUGUGAAGAUCCCUGCAUUCCUGUGGCCUUCUGGUGCAGCUGUGGUUGGGCUCGGGUGGGGAGGGGGUGGGUGCCUCUCGUGUGUUCUUGCAGAAAUGUAA